AUGGACAACCCAUUCAUAAUUAUUCCAUUCUUAGGAAGUGCUGCAACUGGUUUUGCUCUCUAUUAGAUAAUACCAUAACUUAUUCAACUAAACAAGAAAUAUACUUAAUUUUAACUUAUCAAUGAAUUUACGCCAACAUCACUUUUGAAUUAUUUUCAUCGAACUUAACAAACUACAAUUGAAGCAUUUGUUGCAGGAGAAUUAAUAUCAAAUAGUCCCAUCAUUUCAAAACAUCCUCUUAUUAUUAGUGAAAAACAAAUAUAUUAUGUUUAUGAGAAGGGCAUGUAUUUUUCUCUUUUAAUUUAAUAGAAAAAAACUAAUUAAAACCAUAUAUUAAGGGGCUUCUCAAUUAAGUAUUGCAGAUUAUUAUAAUAAAAUUGAAGUUUGGAGAAAUUCAGCCCUCGUUUAUUAACAUUCAAUGAAUCAUAUUUGGGAUAAAUUUAGACCAAAGUAAUUAAGUAUCAUCUAAAGGUUAAUUAAUUUUAUCUUAAAAACAAUGAAUCAAAUUAAAACUAAAAAACUAUUUUUCAAAGGCUUUUAUAUUGGAGAACUUGAAAGAGAAUAUGGCAUUAUUGCUAAAGAAUUUUAUGUAUUAUAUGGAGAAAUUAUACUUGAUAAAAAUUUAAAUAAAAUGUUUCUCUAAAAUCCAAGAUACAUUCUAAAAAGUAAGAAAUAAUUGUUAUAGCUAAUAUAAGAACAGAUUAAAAUUUCAAAAAUAACAAUAGGAAUUCUUAUAAUAUUAUUUUUUAUAUGUACAUACAUUUUUGGAUGUAAUGUUAAAAACUUUAUUUUUAAAAUUCUUAAGGAAAGAGAAAAGGCAAGAUUAGAUAAGUUAAGAGGGUAAAAAUACUUAGAAAUUAAUAAUUAUGAAUGUUAGAUUUGUUAUGAAAGACCUAGAAAUAUUAUUAUUAAACCUUGUAAACAUUUAACAAUUUGUCAUGAAUGUUUAUAAAGACUUAAAUAACCUAAGUGUCCUAUUUGCAAAUAAUAAAUUGAAGAUUAAAUUGAAAUCUUUUUUACUUGA